AUGUCAACCACUACUACUUGCCUCCAACUCGAAGAGUUGCAGAAGACCCCAACUACUUUCCACCAAUACUUGUUUUCGGAGUCCGUCUCAGAUUACUCCAAUGAGUCAAGAUCUGAGAGUGAACCCCCCUCGCCGCGGUCUGAGGAGUCAACACAAAGAGUCUUGCUUCUCAAGGGGGCCCGUGAACAGUAUGCGUUGGUAGAUGAUCAUGCUAUUCCUUCUGUCUUGCAUGAGGGAGAGAUUCUUGUCAAGGUUCUUGCAAUCGGCCUCAACCCAGUCGACUGGAAGGGACCGGCAUACAACUUUGGUAUCCCUAGCCUGCCAUGGAUCAACGGGCGGGAUCUGGCUGGUCUUGUACUACAAGUCCCCAAAGGGUCAUCACGUCUUCGUGUAGGGGAUGUUGUGCUUGUCCCAUCAACAGAUUACCGGGAUAUUAGGAAAGCGGCAUUCCAAGAAUAUGCCAUUGCCACCGACUUCAAUGCUGCCCGAAUUCCUUCUUCAACAUCUAUCCACGCUUCAGCUUCCGUCGGAGUCGCAUUCGUCGCUGCUGUGUUGGCUUUAGGUGUCUCAUUUGGAAUAGACUUCUCCCUCAUCACAAAAACUCCGGGUCCUAAUUUGCCCAAUAUUAUCAAAAAGCUUGACAGAAAUGAUGUACCCGCCGACAUACAUGAAGAAUGCUUCGCAUCAUUAUUGGACUCAGAAAAACCACAACGUGGGGACUGGGUUGCUAUCUGGGGAGCCUCAACAACUACUGGCCUGAUAACUCUUCAACUGGCGAAACUCGCCGGGUUACGCGUAAUUUGUGUAGCCGAUGCAGCACGGCAUGGGGCUAAGCUUGUCCAGUCCGGUGCAGAUCUGCUAGUCGAUCGACAUGACAUCGAUCGUGCAGUGGAAAUUAUCCGCGGUGUCACCGGGGGCAAACUGCGAUAUGCCAUUGAUAUAGUCGGAAGAGACACAGCAACACAGCUUGAAAAGGCUCUUAAUCCUGAUGGCCACGCCCAUCUCCUUGGAUUCAGCGGUCUGCCUAAAGAGAAAAACCCCGGGGUACAAUAUCACACUGUGCCCAUUAAGCUCUUCCACACGGCUCCUACCGUGGGUGAAGCUAUGGUGUGCUGGUUGGAGGAUCUUCUGCAAUCGACAAAUCUCACAUUACCAGAGAUUGUCCAUGCAGAGGGUGGGUUAGAGGGUAUUAAUGCUGCGCUCGAGACAUUGCGGAGUGGUUCAGUGUCUGGAAAGAGGAUCGUGGUCGAUCUGGGUUCUUCGCCUCACGAGGUUCCCCAGAGGUUCCCCAUACCCACUUGGGUUAUGCCACAACACCCUGAUCGCAGUACAAGCGUUGAGUCAAAAAAUGGCGGCCGAUCGGAGGCGGAACCUCGCAAGUCACAGCCAAUCAGCGCGUUUGAAUUACAUUGGUCCGGAGCGGUCUACGGGUAUCCGCCGGAAACCGAGCUUAGCCGCGUUCCCCUUUUUGGAUCAUCCAGCGCCGACCGGUAUCGGCCACCCCCUGUGUUGCCACCUCGGCCAAUAAAAUUUGUACCAUUCGCCGCUGACCGGCCGAGACCGGCGUUGCCCCUCGAGAAGCUGUCCAGCGACAUCGCGGAUGCUUCAGAGCAGAAAAAUAUAUCAGUCAUUCACAUUCCAGUUCCCUUGGUCUCGGACCACAUCGUCAAUGAGCAAGAAGAUGGAACUUGCUUGAUCUACAUUGACCGACACCUCGUUCACGAGGUCACAUCUCCUCAGGCUUUCGAGGGACUCAAAAAUGCUAGCCGCCAGGUCCGCCGGCCAGAUUGCACACUGGCCACAGUUGAUCACAACAUCCCCACCACUUCACGGAAGAAUUUCAAAAAUGCCGCCGACUUCAUCAAAGAGAAUGAUUCGCGUCUCCAAUGCACAACCCUGGAGGAGAACGUGAAGGAUUUUGGCCUCACCUACUUCGGUAUGGGUGACAAGCGCCAGGGUAUUGUCCACAUUAUUGGCCCGGAGCAGGGUUUCACUCUGCCCGGCACGACUGUCGUCUGCGGUGACAGCCACACCUCCACACACGGUGCUUUCGGUGCCCUCGCGUUCGGUAUCGGAACUAGUGAAGUCGAGCACGUCCUCGCAACCCAGACCCUCAUUACCCGCCGCAGCAAGAACAUGCGCAUCCAGGUUGAUGGCGAGCUCCCCGCUGGCGUUACCAGCAAGGACGUCGUUCUCCACAUCAUCGGUGUCAUUGGCACUGCUGGAGGUAACGGUGCUGUUAUUGAGUUCUGCGGAUCCGUCAUUCGUGGUCUGAGCAUGGAGGCCCGUAUGUCCAUGUGCAACAUGUCCAUUGAGGGUGGUGCUCGUGCUGGUAUGAUCGCACCCGACGAGAUCACUUUCGAAUACCUGAAGGGCCGUCCUCUGGCCCCCAAGUACGGCAGCGCAGAGUGGAACAAGGCCACCAGCUACUGGUCCAGCCUGAAGUCGGACGUUGGUGCCAAGUACGAUAGCGAGGUUUUCCUUAACGGCAAGGAUAUUAUUCCCACCAUUUCAUGGGGUACCUCUCCCCAGGACGUGAUCCCUAUCACUGGUGUUGUCCCCAGCCCCGAUGACUUCGAGGAUGAGAACCGCAAGGCCUCUUGCAAGCGUGCUCUCGAGUACAUGGGUCUUGUCUCUGGAACACCCAUGAAGGAGGUCGUGGUUGACAAGGUCUUCAUUGGAUCUUGCACCAACGCCCGUAUCGAGGAUCUGCGUGCCGCUGCCAAGGUGGUUAAGGGCCGUAAGGUCGCCUCCAACAUCAAGCGCGCUAUGAUCGUCCCUGGAUCCGGUCUCGUCAAGGAGCAGGCUGAGUCCGAGGGCCUCGACAAGAUCUUCACUGAUUCCGGUUUCGAAUGGCGUGAGGCUGGCUGCUCCAUGUGCCUGGGCAUGAACCCAGAUAUCCUGUCCCCCAAGGAGCGCUGUGCCAGUACCUCCAACCGUAACUUCGAAGGUCGCCAGGGUGCCCAGGGUCGUACUCACCUCAUGUCACCCGCCAUGGCCGCUACUGCCGCCAUUGUCGGCAAGCUCGCUGAUGUUCGUGAGCACAUCGUAGCCAGCCCCGUCCUCGGCAAGGCCUCGCCCAAGAUCGACGUUGAGCCCGUGUUCGAAUCCCCCGAGACCGAGGACGAACUCGACCGUGUUCUCGACUUCCCUGCCGACAACGAGCCCCACGCCAACUCCUCUGCCCCUUCCAGCGGCGGUGGCAAGAGCACUGGUCUCCCCCCCUUCACUACCCUGAAGGGUAUCGCCGCGCCUCUGGAUCGCGCCAACGUCGACACCGACGCCAUCAUCCCUAAGCAAUUCCUCAAGACCAUCAAGCGCACAGGUCUCGGUACUGCGCUGUUCUACGAGCUCCGUUACACCGACGACAAGGAGAACCCCGAUUUCGUCCUGAACCAGGGCAUCUACCGCGACUCCAAGAUUCUUGUUGUUACCGGUCCUAACUUCGGAUGCGGUAGCUCCCGUGAGCACGCCCCCUGGGCUCUGCUCGACUUCGGUAUCAAGUGCAUCAUCGCCCCCUCCUUCGCCGAUAUCUUCUUCAACAACACCUUCAAGAACGGCAUGCUUCCCGUUGUCGUCUCUGACGAGGUUGCUCUGCAGAAGAUUGCCGAUGAGGCCCGCGCCGGCCGUGAGGUCGAGGUCGACCUUGUUAACCAGGAGAUCAAGGAUGCUCAGGGUAACAAGAUCACCGCCUUUGAGGUCGAGGCUUUCCGCAAGCACUGCCUUGUCAACGGCCUCGAUGAUAUUGGUCUUACUCUCCAGAUGGAGUCCAAGAUCCGCACUUUCGAGUCGAAGCGCACCCUUGAUACCCCCUGGUUGGAUGGAAGUGCUUACCUUCGCCGUGACCGCCGUGGCGCGACUAUGGUCGAGGCUGCUCCUGUUCCUAAGACCAACCGUGGCGAUGUGAAGAACGAGCCUCUUGAGUGGUAA